CAGGACGGUUGGUAACCUAGCAACCUCAGACUAGUUGACGGAGUUCAGCUGGUUUUUACUAACUUUAAUCAUCGCGUUAGUCUUUUUUUCUUUGCCAGCACCAUGGACGUGUCACUGGAGGCACAGACCAAACCGCUGGCCGUCUUGUCCGCCUUCAGCUACAUCCCGCCACGACGUAAAGAACCUAAAGAAAUGUCCUAUUUUAACAGAGGCUCAAAGGUCCCAGAUGUCUCCACCUAUGACCAGGUGUUCCACCAGGCUGAGGGUUAUGAUAUGAAACUGCACCGGGAUGACAGGAGGCACUAUAGAGGAAGAGGACUUGACAUAAAUGAGGAGGAGAAGUCCAGAGUUGUGCCGGUGUUGUCCUCUUCAGUGUACGGCCGUCGUCCUGCCCCUGCCCUCUACCAAACAGGUCAGCAGUAUGCACGUGUGGCUUGCAUUAAAGCCCAAUUCUUCAUGAGAAACGGGAUCAUCUGGAAUGUGGCAGAAGGGUACGGAUCAGUGGCGCCUAUUUGAAAGCCUGACGUAUCACAGCAUGAGAUGAAAGUGUUUGUUCUCACUGUGUGGGCUUUGAAUGGAAAAACAGUGUUGAAGUGUGCAGAUCUAAAAUAAACCCAACUUUUCAACUGUCA